GUGGGGGACAUAAAAAAGAUUGAUCUCAUCACGCCAGUAUCGAUCGGAAACUCAUACCACCCUGUUAACGAUAAUAGGAAUAUUUGGAUGGAUCCGCCCACUUCUAGUUGUGUGACAUAAAUGUAUUAGCGUGCUUGUGUAACUUGAAAUAGAGGUUUCACCUAAAUGACUUGUGAAUGUAAACAAUGGGGCAUUAAGAGUACAAAGUGUUCGACAGCCAUUCGUGCUAAUGUUCAAGCUAGCUGUGCUAACAUGGAAGUUGUCGUUCUAUCCUGGGGCGGCGAACAGGAAACAAGUUUUCUUGGCAUAGAAACAAUCAUUCAGGCAAACCGACAAGUUCCUCGACAAGACGCUACACUUGCUUGAGGCGUAAACAAAUAGCGUACCCCCACUCACAGGACACUACUCGGCUCGGCUCGGGGUGCUGCCGGGUUCCAGCGCCAGCACUGGGCUAACUUAUGUUGACGUGUGGAUGCCGGAGGAGGAGGAAGCGGCAGAGGAGGAGGCUGGGCCAGCCAGCGGAAUGCUACGUGUCUUGCAAGCCCAUUUAAAGCCGCCCUUUUCAUUAUCGGUGACCGGAGCCAAGAAUUUGUUCGGUUAACAACACGACGACCGACCCCAGCACCACCAUCCGAGCCCCCCGGGAGCAAAGCGGAGCCAGCCCGGUGUUCUGCAGCCCAUCAGCGGCGUCGCCUUCGUCAGAAAUGUCCGGAGUGAAGAAGCCUCGUACGGACCUGAACAGAGCUACCAAUGUGGUCUACCAGGCCCACCAUGUCAGUCGGAGCAAGCGAGGGCAGGUUGUGGGCACCCGGGGAGGAUUCAGAGGGUGUACUAUCUGGCUGACAGGUUUGUCUGGGGCGGGAAAAACCACCAUCAGUUUUGCUCUGGAGGAGUUCCUGGUGUCACAUGCCAUCCCUUGCUACUCCCUGGACGGGGACAACAUUCGUCACGGCCUGAACAAGAAUUUGGGCUUUUCCGCCGAAGACCGUGAGGAGAACAUCAGGCGCAUAGCUGAGGUGGCCCGGCUGUUUGCGGACGCGGGGCUUGUUUGCAUCACCAGUUUCAUCUCCCCCUUCGCCAAGGAUCGUAACGAGGCCAGGAAAAUACACGCAAGUGCGGGACUCCCCUUUUUUGAGAUCUUCAUCCACGCCCCCCUGGAGGUGUGUGAGAGCAGGGACGUGAAAGGACUCUACAAGAAGGCUCGCGCCGGGGAGAUUAAAGGCUUCACGGGGAUCGACUCAGAGUACGAGCGCCCCGAGGCACCAGAGUUGGUACUGAAAACAGGGAAGCUGUCGGUGACCGAGUGUGUCCAACAAGUGCUGGAGAUGCUCCGUGAGCAGAACAUCGUGCCCAGUGAGAUCAUGGAGGAGGUGAAUGAGCUCUUUGUUCCGGAGAACAGGCUGAAUCUGGCAGUGGCGGAUGCAAGCACGCUGCCCACCAUCAGCAUCACCAAGCUGGACUUGCAGUGGGUGCAGGUUUUGGCCGAGGGCUGGGCGAGUCCUCUGAAGGGCUUCAUGAGAGAGCGAGAGUUCCUCCAGGUCUUGCACUUUGGCAACCUCUUGGAUGGUGGCGCCAUCAACAUGUCCGUUCCCAUCGUCCUGCCCAUCGGCAUGGAGACCAAGCGAGAACUGGAUGGCUGUGCGGCGCUAACUCUGGAGUACCAGGGCACCCGUGUGGCAAUCCUGCGGAACCCUGAGUUCUUUGAGCACCGCAGGGAAGAACGCUGUGCCAGACAGUGGGGAACCACCUGCCCACAACACCCGUACAUCAAGAUGGUCAUGGAGGGCGGGGACUGGUUGGUGGGCGGUGACCUGGAGGCCCUAGAGCCCAUCCGAUGGAACGACGGACUGGACCAGUACCGCCUUACACCGCGGGAGCUCAAGCAGAAGUUCAAAGACAUGAAAGCAGAUGCAGUAUUUGCCUUCCAGCUGCGUAACCCGGUGCACAAUGGCCACGCGUUGCUGAUGCAGGACACCAAGCGGCGUCUGCUGGAGCGAGGCUACAAGAACCCCGUCCUCCUGCUGCACCCGCUCGGCGGCUGGACCAAAGACGACGACGUACCUCUGGAAUGGCGCAUGAAGCAGCAUGCGGCCGUGCUGGACGAGGGCGUCCUGGACCCGGCCAGCACGGUUGUGGCCAUUUUCCCCUCGCCGAUGAUGUACGCCGGACCCACGGAGGUGCAGUGGCACUGCAGGGCCCGGAUGAUCGCUGGAGCCAACUUCUAUAUUGUGGGCCGGGACCCCGCGGGCAUGCCGCAUCCUCAGACCAAGAAGGACCUUUAUGAGCCUACGCACGGGGGCAAGGUCCUCACCAUGGCGCCAGGCCUCACCUCUGUGGAGAUCAUCCCCUUCAGGGUGGCCGCCUACAAGAAGUCCAAGAAGGCCAUGGACUUCUACCAGCCGGAGUGUCAUGCUGACUUUGAGUUCAUCUCCGGAACCAAGAUGAGGAACUUGGCUCGCAGUGGAGAGAACCCGCCAGAAGGUUUCAUGGCCCCCAAGGCCUGGAAGGUGCUGGUGGAGUACUACACCUCCCUGCAAAAGGACAAGUAAACAAUAAGGUGCUGGGAUGGUGCAUUCCUUUCUAAAAUACCCCCCCACACACUUUCUUCCACUUCAAGCACACGUCACACAUCAAGCCUCAACCAAAAUGAUUCCAUCUAGCAUAUUUUUGUAUUUGUAUACGUCCCCAGGAAGAAUAAUGAAUGCCAAGGAUACAUGAACACCAUCUCGCCAUGUCCGCCCCAUCCACAUUUGUUGGCUUCCCAUCCGAUACGUUUUUUUCUAUAGUGUUGCAAUCCGUGUUUUUGAUUUUUUGAAAUAAUAAUCUUUUGUUCCAAACAUGAAUGACGUAUGGUUAUGAACAUAUUGCAGCUCUUCAAAACAUUCCAAAUAAUGCAAACCAACUAUUGGCCUUUUUAUUCCACAGCAUGACCAACAAUAUUGGUUGUGAGUCAGCUCCCUAAUCCAAUAAAAGGUCCAAUAAAAGAUCACACUGGAGCAAAAGGGUUUGUAGGGUAGGACUAAUCAUGUGACAUGGUUAUACAUCCAUUUGUACUAUGAUUUACAAUAUAGGACUUUUAUUUUAACUAACUCUCCAACGCAAUAGUCAUUUAUUGACGGUCCCUAAUACAAACAACCUGCAGUUAGAGCGGCAGUGGCGGAGCCAUAAAUGUUUGAUUGGGGUGGCCAGGUGAGACCAUUACUGUCCACUGCGGAGCUACGCCACUGUAUAGCAGCACUUACCUUGUGAGCUCCCCGCACCAUGACACAGCAGUUCGGGCACAGUGGGGGCGAACUACCGCUGUAGCUAUGGAGCCCGAUAUCCGAUGUCCAACGUAAAACUAGCUUCACCACAGUACACGCAGACAUGUCUGCAUGGUGGUGUGUCCUUUUCUUCUUCUUGCGGGGGGCGGGGGUCGAGUGGCAACCGGCUUUGAGGCGCAUUAUUGGGGUCCACAGUUACCAACGCGAUACGGCAACCAGAUUGGCCCGAUCUUGUGGCAGAAGCCGAUAUUAUCCGAUCUUCAAAAUACAGCAGAUCGGCAGCCUGUCCCGAUCCUGAAGAUGGGAUGGGGGCGUCACCAAUGCCAUCACUGCCUAAACCACCUAAUGUCUUGAAUGCAGCGUACAUACUGUACAUCAGCCGUGUACAAACUCCAACCCCCCCCCAGCGUAUUUGGAACGCUCCAAGAUUGAACAUGGCCUCUGAUGAGAAUAACUCCAUGAGAUGUUUAAAUCCACCCAUGGACCAGCCUGGUUCCUUAGAAGGGUUCAGUGCCGUACUGCAGCUAUUGAUGGAAGAAGCGCAGUGAUUUACUUUCUUCUUGGAAAAGACAAGGUAUCAGCUCUUCAAUGAAACUCUUAGGAUCUAUUUGUCUUAUGGUUCUGAUAUUUGGAGCAGGCGUUGAAAUGAAGAACCAAGACUGUAAACACCCCAGCAGGCAAACUGCAAACGUUGCUCUUCAUCCCACACCCGCUCAAUCAGUACAGGUCCUGUAUUGCCAACACUCAUGCUUUUUACUUCACCUUUUUCAAGAUCUUUGACUCAUCUUGUUGCUUCUGAUUCUGAUACUCAUCAGAAUCAAACAAAGUACGAAGAUCUCAUUGACCAGCAAACUUAUUUGUAAUGACGUAAGGAUACAAACUGGAAAUACAGCAAGAUAAGAAAAAUAAACAUUCAUUCAUUUUCUAUCCUCACUAGGGUGGCAGGGGUAUGCUGGAGCCUAUCCCAGCUGACUUUGGACGAGAGACAUGUCAAAACAAAUAUCAAAUAUAUGUAUUAAAUAAAAAUCAAAUGAUUCCCUUUAUCUUGAUAUCAUUGUUUUAGCAAAGUCAAGUUAGUGGUCAGUGCAGAAACUACUAACCUUUGACUUUGAUUUAUUCCCUGAGGAAACAAACACACAGAUAUUUGUACAAAUAAACACAGAAGAAUAUCAACAGCAUCACGCUAGUAACGAUCCAGUACUGAUACUACCCUUGAUAUCAACACUGUGUAAUUGCUGUGAUCCGCCUGCCGCAGAUACCUUCUAUGCAGCAUCCAAGUGCCUUCCUGUCAGUACAGGACUGGUCUGUGGGGUCUCCAACAAACGGGCAUUCAAUGGGAGGAGGAGGAAGAUGUGAAUGUAAAAUGCACACAUGAAUAAAAUGAUUCGUGUUUUUAUGC